UUCCCACCCCUAUUGUUUUUCCAGCCGCCAUCAGCCUUCUUCUUCCCCCACGCCUUCUUCUCCCCCUGGCUUUUUCCUCCACGCGCAGCAGCAGGGAGUCGUGCUCCCCUCCAUGGCGAGCAGCAAGCCGGCGCCCUCUCCGUUUUCCCCUGCUCCUUCCUCCAAGCUGAACGCCAGCCGUGCUCCCUGUUCCUGUCUUCCUCACGGCUGCGCGCAGGAGCUUCCUCUCAGCCAUGGCGCCCAGAAAAGAGCCCCCAAGCCUGCGCCCUUCCCUACCCCACGGCAAGCAGUAGCUCGCCCAGGCCCGACGCCUCUGCUCGGCCAGCAGCCUUGGCGCCCCUCCCCUUCUUCCCUGUGGGCGAGCAGCAGCAUCUCCCUGCUCCAUGGCUCGAGCUCGAGUUUCCCAUGGCGCCUCCACCUACAACUUCGCCCAGCAGCUAUGGUGCCCAAGCUCUCUGCUCCCUCCCUCUCCAAUGCAGCAGCACAUGAGCUCGCCCCCUCCCUCCUCUUCCCUGUCACGGCCAGGAAACACCGGAUCUCGCGCCCUCUCUCUGGUUUGGGUGGAGCAGCGCCUCCCCUGCUAUCUCCUCCCCGACGCCCCUUCGAGAUGGCACCCAACAGCCCCAGCACUUUCCCUACUUCGUCUCGCUGCCACUGCUGCGCGCGUGCCAUGUGUUCGGCAAAAUGUCGAGGGAGGCGUGUUGUUGCAGCACCGUCGACGCUCACCGGUUGGUCGCUGUUUUGCGCAGCCCCCAACCGCGCCGUCGAAACCCGUGCUAGUGGUCGACGUCGUGCCUUGCCCGUUCGAUGAAAUGCCGAGCCAUGUGGACAGCCAUGCGACUAGUCACGACUCGUUCAGGUUGAUUGAUUUAUAGUUUAUAAUACGUAUGCUUUGAUUGAUGUCGGGCAGUGCAUGUAUAUAUGUGGAUGUGUGUAAUAUGUUUUGGCUAUACACGUUGGUAGGAUCGCGUUUGUGAUUAGAGAACAAGAGGUUAAUUGACGUGCGCGAUUUGUAGUUGUCUAAUUAUGUUUUGGUCGAUGAUGUGCAUGUGGUUAUAUGUGUGUGAAAGUAUAAUUGUAUGAAUGGACGCGUGUAGGAAAGAAAAUGAAAUAGAAAAGAACUCGGGUAUUUUUA